AUGAAUAACCAAUAUAUGGAUAUGGACGGUGCUUCUUCAGGCGCAAAUAGCAUUGAUGGUCCGAUGAGAAAUAACGAAGACGAACGUACGCAACCUUCACUACAAAUGCAACAUUCGAAGGGUAAAAUUGUACAGACAAUGUGGUUAACAGAUUUUCAAUACAAAUUUGAAGCGAUUUCUCGUGCUUGUUCUGAAGUCGCUAAUGGAUUUCGACAUCUUCAAGAAGCUAUUGAUACGCUUCAAGAAACGCCAACACCAAAUGUCGCAAAUCUCUUAGAAGAAGUGAUGGGGAUGCCGUUACGAGUUCGACCAGCUCCUUUAGUAACAAAUCAGCAAAUGACUCCAACACUAAGGCUUCAACCGUUAAAUGGAAAUAUGACAAAUGGUGCAAACACACCGUUUAGUGAUUUCGCAAUUCCAAUGAGACCAGAAUCACAUUUUCAGAAUGCUGAAAGAAGAGCUACUUCGUCUGUUCACUCAACGUCAACAACGCCUCAAUCUAUAUCAUCAAAUAAGCAGUCCAGUAAGCAAUCGCCAUACACACCAAUUCGAUCAACUACUCCAACAUUUAAUCUUGGUGACUCCGUCAUGAGAAACGUAGGUUCAACUUCUCCAGCUGCCACAGCUUCAAUAGCGUCGGCGUCUACCGAAGAACAUGAAAGUUGGACACAAGGAGAACGAAAAGCCUUGAAUGAAGAGUUCAUUCGAUAUUUUCAACGUCGUAAAGCUGCCGAACCAAUAACUCACCCGGAAUUGGCUGACGAAUUAUUAAGUUUGUGUGUUACUCCUCCUCCGUUGGCUCAUUUGGACAGACAAGUGGGAAGAUAUUUACGUCGACACUCAAUUCCGUACGAUUGGAGCGUUUUACACGCAAUUCAACAAUGGAUCGACAAGGAAAAAGUCGAGCGAGGUGAAGUUGCUGUUGCUUUCCACGAAUGA